GUGUAUAUGUAUGAGUAUGAAUGCUAGCGACUAUUUCAGUAAGAAACAGUCGCAAUUGCUCAAGGAAAACACCUCGCCUCAGCGCGCCAUCAUACAGAAAUCCUGCCAGCGUUCUAUCCUCAACACGCACGGUACAAAGCGGUUGACCUUUCUAAAUGCUUCUGCAUCGACUGUAACGCCACCCGAACCUCCAGCUGUAGCAAUGACGGAACUAACCUCACAGUCACUCACACAUUUACCUUUGAAAAGGAGAAUCCUUCCAUCUCACAUAAGUCGAAGAAAUAUGUCCAUGUCGGAUGUGUCGGAAAUGCUAAUGGAUUUUUACAAUAAGGCAAAUGUAGCUAAUGCGCCAAAGAACCCGCAGUCUGCUGUGGGUACGUUUAGCCAAACGUCUCCCGCUUCUGCAGAAGGGAAUGAACCAUCGAGUAUUGCGGUCAUCGCCACCAAAAGUGCCUCUGCAGUAAUUAAGUCAAAUAAUUUGGACCAAAACGUAAUGGCAGAAACAGCUGGUCUGCAAAAAGCUUCCGAUAGCAUGGCGAAGAAAGUUGUUGCCGCCGAAAACCUAGCGUUUCAUCAUACCUCUGAGGGUGCAAAUUCAAUUAAUGUUGCAACAACGAGUAGCAGCUCAUUAGUUGUUACCAAAACUCUACCUGCCCUCAGCGCUAUUCCUACAUCUGUGGUAGUAUCGCCCCAAAUCGCGGAUCAAGUCGAUGUUAAACCCAUUAUUAAUCCAACAACUGGAGAGAUUAUUUCAGCAUUUCCGAGCACAAGCUGUGGUGGAGGAUCUUCAGUAAUUAAAACCAUCGUUCCGAUUUCCGAUAGUAAAAUUCCAUCAUUAGUACCUUUGAGCUCAGCCAUUGAUAGAGCUAACACAAUUUCAGACCAAAAUAAUAGAACUGCUAAUAGCAGUGGUGUAAUCAAUCAAUCGGACGUUGAUGUUUUACCUCCAGCAGCGGUCAUUGCCGCAGCCUUGUUUCGCGACGGAUACAAUAAUUUUCAACAGCAAUUGCGUACGCAAGAAUUGGCUAAGGUAGGAAAUGUACAAGAGGACAUACUUAAUACAAAUACCGGCGACAAUAGCACCGUGAAUACUAUAUCGUCGAAGUUGCUUGAAAACUUGUUGCGCCAACGUCGCUUGAAGUCGGAUAAUGUGCAAGAAAAUACCGCUGAUGCGGAUACAAUGGAUGGCGAUGACGAGGAUGAUUCUCGCUAUAAUGAUUUCGACGAUAUUCAUUUGGUCGAGAAUUCAAAGCCAAAUUAUAACUGUUCAAUGCCAGGUCUUUUCCAAUCGGCUGCCAUAUCUUCCUCCUCUCCAAAGUUGAAUGCCACGAGUGCAGAUUAUAUGUCCGAUGACUCUCAAAAGUUUAUGAUGGCAGCGCAAGCGCAAGCUUUACGCCACUUAGAGUAUUCCCUUGCAGAUAUCGGUCACAGCACAUUUGGUAUGAUAGGCAACAAUGACAACAGUACUCAAGGUAGUGGAAAUGAAAGUACUGAGCCCAACUACGAGUGCCGGCAUUGCGGUAAAAAAUACCGUUGGAAAUCCACACUCCGGCGACACGAGAGCGUUGAGUGCGGUGGCAAGGAGCCCUCCCAUCAAUGCCCCUAUUGCCCAUAUAAGUCAAAACAGCGUGGCAAUUUGGGCGUUCACGUUCGUAAACACCAUUCAGACUUGCCACAAUUAACCAGUAAGCGACGCUCCAAAUACUCGAAUAAGUUAGAAAGUGGUAACAUAAGUGCAAAUGCUUCCGAUGACUCGUCUAGUAAAUUAGUCAUUGAUUGCUCUAAAUAAUUAAGGACGUUUCGUUAGGAGGUGCAUGUGAAUUUGUUUGUAUCGUCGUAAUUUGAAACUGCAAUACUUAUACUUAUCCGCAAAUAAUUACAUAUCUAUUAUAAAAAUCAUAAGACUGUUUAAAGUAACAAAAAUUGACUGAUGUUAUAUACAUACAUACAUACAUACAAAUACGAAGAUAUUAUUUAUAAAUUAAGAUUAAAACAUAUUCGCAUCAGUUGUAAUGCGCAUACAUACAUAUGAUGCGAAAGUAGGUUAAGUGCAUAUCGUCAAUCGUUCAUUGAAUUCAGAUUUAGAGAAAGAAAGAGAAGGUCCCUUUAACUUUUCGAGUAGCUAACUAUGUGCCUUUGUUAUUCAUAAUUAAUAUGACUUCCGUUAAAUGGUACUUUAUUCUCUGAUUACGUGAGAUAAUUUCUAUGAUUGUAAAAUUGAGCAGAAAUCUUACACAAUGAUUUUUGAACUCCAUUAUGUAUUCACCAUAUAAUACCAAUACGAAAUUUAAAAUAUCAUUACUUUUGAACGUGCUGACGAUUCAAGGUGGAAAUCGAAGAAAUUUAAGAAAGGCUGUAUUUAGUAUUAACAAGAAAAUUUAGAGCCAGUCAAAAUGGGCAAAUAUGUAAUCAAAAACAAAAAACUAACUGUGUCUGAUGUUUUUUUUAGUUUUUUAUUCGUUUAAUGACCGUCACGUCAAUGUGGCUUUUCGUUUAAAUUUUUGUUUGGCACUUCAUACGAGUACACAGAAAAAAAGGAGAUUUGCUGAAAAAAUAGUCGAUCAAUUACGACCAUCGACGUUUAGAAAAACAGCAUGUCCUCAUUCAUAACGAAAUAAUCAAGAAAUAGAUAUUUCUUUCGAUAUGGGCUGGGACUAAGAAUUGCCAACGAAUUGUCUAUUUGUAUGCCUAUUAUUUGUUAGGCUGUCGUUUGAGCUACAUAUAAAUGAUAAAUACAUGUACAUGUGUGUAUAUAACAUUAAUACAAAUAUACAUAAUUUAUCUUUAAGUGAUCUCUUCGUAAAAGUUUUGACUGAAUUUUAAUAUUACAUUUAUUAAGAGCCAAGACUGAAUUGUGAAUUUAGGCACAAGAAAAUGCAUUUAUAUCUUAUAUGUAUUCAUACACAGGCACAUACAUUUUUAUGUUGGCAAAAAGCAAAUAACGAUAUACAUACAUGCAAAUGUUGUUUUCAUUAAGUUAAACAUUCUGUGGCAAAAUUUGAAUAAAAAACCGAGUGUGUCCAUACAUGCAUUAAAAAUUCAACCAAAUAUGUAAACAUCGCUUAUUUAAUACCGCAAAUAAAUAUUAUUAAAAACGUUCAUUUUAUUAGAUAUAUGUAUGUAUAUUUUCUGCUAAUAAAUAAAAUGUACCUUAAUUACCUAAUGCCUUUGUAAACAUAUUCGCUGAUAACCCUCCAGAAGAGAGAAAAUAAAAGUUUAGGUGCUCCAAAGAA